AUGGAUGAUAUGGAGGGAGAGUAUGGCGAUGAUGAUCAAAUGGAUUAUGGAGAUCAAAAUCAUCAAGGCUACAUGGGAGGCGGAGGUAUGGAAGAUGAACAACAGCCCUACUUUAGUGAAGAUGAUGAAAUCAAGCAUCAAGAAGAUGUUUGGCCAGUCAUUACCGCCUUCUUUGACCAAAAGGGAGGACUUGUAAGACAACAACUUGACUCCUUCAACGCCUUUAUUCAACAAACCAUUCAGGAAUUAGUCGAUGGUACACCCGAGAUUAUUCUUGCAAGUAAUCAGAGUGUAAAGUUUGGACAAAAGAGAGAUUCUCAACAAAAUCAACCACAAUUCAAGUAUCAUAUCAAGUUUGGACAAAUUUACCUCUCAAGACCAACCCUCGAUACAACAAAAUCUGAACAGUCAACAUCCGACACCUACUCAUCGAUUUAUCCUAAUGACGCUCGUCUCAGAAACUUGACGUAUUCAAGUCCAUUGUAUGUAGAUAUCAAAGAGAAGAAGAUUUCACUCCGUCCAGGUUCUAGUGCCACACUGUAUCAGGCAAAUAAUUUAGAAGAGGACAAUGAAGAUUUCACAGUGAGGGUCAAGGAUUAUGAAAAAGUACCAAUAGGCUCUAUUCCCAUCAUGCUUAGAAGUGUGUAUUGUAUGUUAAGUGAAGUUCAAGACGUAACAGACGUGGGCGAAUGUCCAUUCGACUCUGGUGGUUACUUUAUUAUCAACGGAGGUGAAAAAGUAAUUAUUGCGCAAGAGCGUAUGGCAACCAACCAUGUCUAUGUUUUCAAAAAGGCCAUGAGCAAGUUCAGUUAUGUAGCAGAGAUUCGUUCGUCACAAGAAGGAGGUUACAGAGCACCAAGUGGCUUCUUCAUUAAGAUGGAACCUAAGCACGGAAGUAGAAAGGGAGGUAUUGGAGGACUCAUUCACGCCACCAUUCCAUACAUUAGGCAAGAUAUUCCAAUUGUCAUUUUGUUUAGAGCUUUGGGUUGUGUGGCUGACAAGGAAAUUAUCAAACAUAUUAUCUAUAAUUUAAAUGAUGGACAAAUGAUGGAAUUGCUUCGACCUUCUCUCGAAGAAGCUGUUGCUAUUCAAUCCGACACUGUUGCUCUCGACUACAUUGGUAAGAGAGGUAAUACAGUUGGUACUGUCCAAGAAAAGCGUAUUAAUCAUGCUGAGGAAAUUUUGCAAAAAGAAAUGCUUCCACACGUCGGUAUUGGUGACACCUCCUAUGACCGUAAGGCUUACUUUAUUGGAUACAUGGUUCACCGUUUAUUAUUGGGAGCACUAGGAAGAAGACCACUCGAUGAUCGUGAUCACUAUGGUAACAAACGUUUGGAAUUGGCUGGAGGACUUUUACAAGGUCUAUUCUUGCAAUUGUUUAAGAAAGUUGUCAAAGAGGUCGAGUCUCAAUUGAAGAAGACCAUGUUGAGAUCAACUGAUAUUGAUGUUGCAUCUGUUGUCAAUAAGAGAACUAUUACUAAGGGUUUGCAAUAUUCUCUCGCUACCGGAAACUGGGGUGUACAAGGUUCCAGAGACAUUCGUGCUGGUGUUGCUCAAGUGCUCAAUCGUUUGACCUAUACUUCCACAUUGUCUCACUUGCGUCGAUUGAACACUCCAAUCGAGAGAUCUGGAAAGCAAGCAGCUCCUAGACAAUUGCACAAUACUCAAUGGGGUGUUAUUUGUCCAGCUGAAACUCCAGAAGGAGGUGCUUGUGGUUUGGUGAAGAAUCUUGCCAUGAUGUCUUACAUUACAGUCGGUGCUGACAAGUCAACUAUUUCUAAAAUGUUGGACGAGUUGGGUAUUCACAAAUUGCACGAAUUGGAUGAGUCAGACUUGAACAAGUACACUAAGGUAUUUUUGAACGGUGUGUGGAUGGGUGUUCACCCUACUCCAGAUGACUUGGUCAAAUACAUGAGAGACUUAAGACGAAAUGGUACUAUACACAUGGAAGUGAGUAUUGUUCGUGAUGUGAGAGAAAAGGAAGUUCGAAUUUGGUGUGACAGCGGUCGUUGUGCUCGACCAUUGUUCAUUGUUGAUCGUGAGAAUACCACUCUCUACAUUAAGAACCACCACGUUCAAUCUCUUCGUGAACAGAAUAUGACUUGGGACAACCUGCUCGAACAAGGUCUCGUUGAACUCGUCGAUACAGAGGAGGAAGAGUCCAUCAUGAUUGCCAUGGAUUUUAGAGAAUUGUUGGACUUUAGAACCCAAGCUCAAGAAGGAAAAUCUAAGAAAAUUAGUCAGCUCACGUACACACAUGCUGAAAUUCACCCAAGUAUGAUUCUCGGUAUUCUCGGAUCGAUUAUUCCAUUCCCUGACCAUAACCAAUCCCCUCGUAACACGUAUCAAUCUGCGAUGGGUAAGCAAGCCAUGGGUGUCUAUAUCACCAACUUCCAACAACGUAUGGACACUUUGGCUCACGUGUUGUAUUAUCCCCAAAGACCUCUCGUCACUACUCAACCUAUGGAAUAUUUACGUUUCGGUGAAUUGCCUGCUGGUCAAAACGCUGUAGUUGCCAUUGCCACCUACUCUGGUUACAACCAAGAAGACUCUGUCAUUAUGAACCAAAGUGCCAUUGACCGUGGUUUGUUCCGUUCUGUCUUUUAUCGUACCUACAGUGACCACGAACGAAGAAAGGGAACGAUUGUUGUUGAAAAUAUUGAAAAACCAAAACGUGAUACCACUGCUGGUAUGAAAACAAGUACCUACGACAAGUUGGAAGAUGACGGUAUCAUUGCUCCAGGUACUAGAGUUUCUGGUUCUGAUGUCAUUAUUGGUAAAACUGUGCCAAUUCCAGAAGAGUCAUCCAAACAAAAGACCAGUCGUCAAACUAGGCUUGACAUGAGUACACCAUUGAGAAGCAAUGAAAAUGGUAUUGUAGACACUGUCAUUGUAACCACAGACUCUGAGGGAUUCAAGUUUGUUAAAGUUAAAGUCAGAGUGGUAAGAAUUCCACAAAUCGGUGACAAGUUCUCCUCUCGUCACGGUCAAAAAGGUACCUGUGGUAUUACAUACAGACAAGAAGAUUUACCUUUCACCCGAGAAGGUAUUGUGCCUGACAUUAUUGUCAACCCGCAUGCCAUUCCUUCUCGUAUGACCAUUGGUCAGCUCAUUGAAUGUUUGUUGGGUAAAGUCAGCUCCUUGUCUGCAAGUGAAGGUGAUGCCACUCCUUUCACAGACGCCAACGUGAAUUUCUUCUCUGAAAUGCUUCACUCCUAUGGUUAUCAGAAACGUGCCAACGAAGUCAUGUUCAAUGGCCACACAGGUAGAAAGCUGGAAGCUCAAAUCUUUAUUGGACCAACCUAUUACCAACGUUUGAAGCACAUGGUCGACGAUAAGAUUCACUCUCGUGCAAGAGGUCCACUCCAAAAUUUAACAAGACAACCCGUGGAAGGACGUGCUAGAGAUGGUGGUCUUCGUUUCGGAGAAAUGGAACGUGACUGUAUGAUUUCACACGGAUCUGCUGCAUGGUUGAAAGAACGUCUGUUCCAAGUUUCUGAUGAAUAUCGAGUUCACAUUUGCAAUGUUUGCGGUAUGAUGGCAACAGCAAAUCUCAAACAGUCCAUUUUCAAGUGUGAUGCUUGUGACAACAAGACCAACUUUUCACAAGUCUUCAUACCUUAUGCGUUCAAGUUAAUGAUUCAAGAAUUGAUGGCAAUGAAUUUGGCUGUAAGAAUUAUCACAACAACAGAAUAA